CUCGGCUCAGCUCGGCUCCGCUCGGUGCAUCUCUUGGGGCGGGCUGUCGGGCGACGGCGCUGGAAGUGACGCUACGAGGGCGGGGCCGCAAGGGGAGCCGCCGCCGCCGCCGCCUCCUGGGCUGCGAAGCGAUGUAGGCGCCGCCAGGCCGUCCUUUACUAGCCCGGCCGGAGCCGCACGGGCCGCCGCCGCCAUGAAGAAGCAAUUCAACCGCAUGAAGCAGCUGGCCAACCAGACCGUGGGCAGAGCUGAGAAAACAGAAGUCCUCAGUGAAGACCUGCUGCAGAUUGAACGGCGCCUGGACACCGUGCGGUCAAUGUGCCACCACUCCCAUAAGCGUUUGAUAGCAUGCUUCCAGGGCCAGCAUGGCACGGAUGCUGAGAGGAGACACAAAAAGCUCCCUCUGACAGCUCUUGCUCAGAAUAUGCAGGAGGCAUCCGCCCAACUAGAAGAGUCUCUCCUGGGGAAGAUGCUGGAGACCUGUGGGGAUGCUGAGAAUCAGCUGGCUCUUGAGCUCUCUCAGCACGAAGUCUUUGUGGAGAAAGAGAUCAUGGACCCUCUCUACAGCAUAGCAGAGGUGGAGAUUCCCAACAUCCAAAAACAGAGGAAACAGCUCGCCAGAUUGGUGUUGGACUGGGAUUCGGUCAGAGCUAGGUGGAACCAAGCACACAAAUCUUCAGGAGCCAAUUUUCAGGGCCUUCCCUCCAAAAUAGACACCCUAAAGGAAGAGAUGGAUGAAGCUGGAAAUAAAGUAGAACAGUGCAAGGAUCAACUUGCAGCAGACAUGUACAACUUCAUGGCCAAAGAAGGGGAGUACGGCAGAUUCUUUGUGACGUUAUUAGAAGCCCAAGCAGAUUACCAUAGAAAAGCAUUAGCAGUCUUAGAAAAGGCCCUUCCCGAAAUGCGAGCCCAUCAAGAUAAGUGGGCGGAGAAGCCAGCCUUCGGGACACCUCUAGAGGAACACCUGAAGAGGAGUGGGCGCGAAAUUGCAGUCCCUAUUGAAGCCUGCGUCAUGCUGUUGCUGGAGUCAGGCAUGAAAGAGGAGGGCCUUUUUAGAAUUGGAGCUGGGGCCUCCAAGCUAAAGAAGUUGAAAGCUGCUUUAGACUGUUCCACUUCUCACCUGGAUGAAUUUUAUUCAGAUCCCCACGCCGUAGCAGGUGCUUUGAAGUCCUAUUUGCGGGAACUGCCUGAACCUUUGAUGACUUUUAGUCUGUAUGAAGAAUGGACACAAGUUGCAAGUGUGCAGGAUCAAGACAAAAAGCUUCAAUAUUUAUGGACAACAUGUCAGAAGUUGCCACCCCAAAAUUUUGUUAACUUUAGGUAUUUAAUAAAGUUCCUGGCAAAGCUUGCCCAGACCAGUGACAUUAAUAAAAUGACUCCCAGCAACAUAGCCAUUGUGCUAGGCCCUAACCUGCUGUGGGCCAAACAAGAAGGAACGCUGGCUGAAAUAGCAGCGGCCACAUCUGUCCAUGUGGUUGCAGUGAUUGAACCCAUCAUCCAGCACGCAGACUGGUUCUUCCCUGAAGAGGUGGACUUCAAUGUAUCGGAAGCAUUUGUGCCUCUUGCCACCCCAAAUUCUAAUCACUCAUCCCACACUGGAAAUGACUCUGACUCAGGGACUCUGGAGAGGAAGCGGCCUGCCAGCAUGGCGGUGAUGGAAGGGGACUUGGUGAAGAAAGAGAGCUUUGGUGUGAAGCUUAUGGACUUCCAGGCCCACCGGCGGGGUGGCACUCUAAAUAGAAAGCACAUAUCCCCUGCUUUCCAGCCACCACUCCCGCCCACAGAUGGCAGCGCCUUGGCUCCAGCAGGCCCAGAGCCUCCUCAGAGCUCUAAGGCUGACAGCAGCUCAGGGGGUGGGCCUGUAUCCUCCUCUGCAGGCAUACUGGAGCAGGGGCCAAGCCCGGGCGACAGCAGUCCUCCAAAACCCAAGGACUCAGUGUCAGCAGCUGUCCCUGCACCAGGAAGAAACAGCAGUCAGAUGACCACUGGCCCAAACCAGGCCCAGGCAGGUGGCAGCUCCCAUCAGCUCUCAGUAGGCCCACCUCACAGUGCUGCUGGUCCCAGCCCUCACACUGUGCGCCGUGCUGUAAAGAAACCUGCCCCAGCACCCCCCAAACCAGGAAACCCACCUCCCGGCCACCCCGUGGGCCAGAGUUCUCCAGGAGCAGCAGCUGUGCUUCCUCCCAGUGUGUCACCAAAGCCAUCCACAAGGAGCCCGUCCCCGCCCCUGCAGCAGCCCCCAGGCCCACGCCGUUUCUCCAGCAGCCUGCUACCCAUCCAGGCCCCCAGCCACCCACCACCGCAGCCCCCGACACAACCCAGGUCCAGCCAGGAGCACGGCCUGGAGCAGCCCGGCCCCACCCCGCCUCAGACCCCCACGCCACCCAGCCCCCCGCCUCUGGCCAAACAGAAUCCCAACGCCCACCCCGAGUCCACCCUGCCACAGGCAGGGACCCUCCCAAGACCGCGGCCAGUCCCCAAGCCCCGUAACCGGCCCAGCGUGCCACCGCCCCCGCAUCCACCCGGUGCCCACACACCCGGGGACAGCAGCCUCGGCCCAGGGGCACCCACCGCCUCCAAAAUCGUCACUGACACCAAUUCUAGAGUUUCAGAACCGCUUCGCAGCAUCUUUCCAGAAAUACAUUCAGAUUUGGCAAGCAAAGAAGUGCCUGGCCACAUUCUGCUGGACAUAGACAAUGACACAGAAAGUACCGCCUUGUGAAGAAAGCCACUUGCCGGCCCGUGGUCCCCUCCACCCUGCUGAGCAGAACUGGGCCAAGCAAGCCUCUGUCUUUGCAGACCAAACAGUGAAAAGCUUACAGUGAAGGCAGGAGAAGAGGCCUGACCAUGCAGGACUGGGCUCCACGCAGCUCAAGAAGACGGUAAAGGCCGACACUAAAUGCUGAAUGACCUGUGUCUGGAAGAGGUUGUUGGCUUUCUUUAGCUGGGAUGGAAAUCAUGCCAAAAGUAAUCAGAACAGAGAAAUACCAAGAACAGAGAGUAUUACUGCUGAAAACCAUGUGGGAGCCUCUGCCAGCGCUGUCAACACAGGCAGCGUGAACAGCAACAGCGAGUGAAGAGGAAGACUGAACUAUCUAUUUAAUAAAACACGUUAAUUAUGUAAGUUGCCUACUUCCUGCUACUUGGACUUUCAUUCUCACUUAUCCAGAGGGAGCCUCCAUUCCUUCACUUGCUGCAGAAUCAUUUUGUAUUAAACACAGUCUGUGUCUCCCCCAAAUCCCCUGAUCCUUGAGCAUUGAUGGCGACUGCUGGCUCUGUCGCCUCAUCAAACUGGAUGUGACUUCGUGCCUUGUGGAUUGCCAGAAUGUAGAGAUAAAUGUACUGUUCUUUUUAAAAAAACAAAACAAUGUAAUUGCUACUUGAUAAGGACCGAAUAUUAUUCUAGUUUCAUGUUUAAUUUGAAUUAAAUAUAUUCUGUGGU